GUAAACAUCUCCCGAUUUGUUACCUAGUCAGCAGGGCAGAGAAGAUCUCACAGAUAAACCCAGCCUCGAAGCUUCUUCCCAGCUCAACUGGUUAUUGCUCAGCGCAGCUCUUACUCAUCCCAAUCUAGGUCCGGCACGGCCUUUCCGGGAGCUGCAAGGCUCCAUCGCUCCGUCCCAGCCCGGCACGGAGGCCUGUCCUGCGAGCACUGCCCCGAGCCAUGGUGAAGUACGGCCUCGACUACACCCGCUGCAGGUGGAUCCUGCCCCUGCUCCUGGGCAUCGGAGUCAUCUUCGGGAUCAUCGCCCUGGCGGGCAGGGGCUGGCUGGAGUCGCAGACCUUGCCCUACGUGCAGCAAGCGUCGCUGUGGCAGAACUGCCGGAGGCCUGACCAGGGCGGGGAAUGGAGCUGCGAGUCCCUCAUGGGCUACGCCUGGGGAAGAGCUGCUGCUGCCACAUACCUGGUCGGCUUUCUGCUCCUAGUCAUCUGCUUUGCCCUGGCCAUCAUAGCAUUUGCCAUUGACACGCUCCGGUUCAACUUCAUCCGUGGGAUCGGAGGCUUGCUCUUCGUGGCUGCUGUGUUCUCCAUCAUGGGCCUGGUCAUUUAUCCAGUAAAGUUCUCAUCUGAAAUUGAAAUGACAGGAAUCAAUAUGUUCAGCUGGGCCUAUGGCUUUGGAUGGACCACUGCCAUUAUGGAAAUAUGCUUGGGAUUCUUCUUCUGCUGCCUUCCUAACUAUGAAGAUCAGAUCUUGGGUAAUGUCAAGCCUACAUAUUUUUACUCUUCCCCAUAAGCACCAGGAAAAAGGUGUUCAUAUUACAGAGAUUCCUGACAGACUAGCUAUGUUUUUCAGAAUAUUGUCAUCAGAUGUUAGUAGAAAAGGCUGGAAACUUUGGCACUGGCAUCUGCAAUAAAGUUGUCUACUCUGUUUUGGACCUUCCUAUCUGAUGUGGGUUUGGUUAGAUAAAGCACAAAUGUUAAAACCCCGUGGUUUUCCUCAUUGAUUCCCAUGGGGGGUUUAUGAGGAUUCCAUUGCAUUUUAAAUACAUUCACAAUUGUAAUUAAAUCCAUAAAAACUUACUAAACUAGCAAUAAACAGAACAACAUGUAUCAUCUUCCUGAAGGAAAGCAACUAAAUAAAAGGUCAUUUUGUAUGUAUCAUCUUUAACCUGAAGAUUUUGCACAAUUUUCAAAAAGUCAAAUACAUUUACCUACUGACCGCCUAAGUAGUAAAUUAGUCAGCCAGCACUUCAUGGCUUUGCUUCUAUUUUUCAUUCAUUCACUUAAGCCAUAAGAAGACAGUAAAGAAGGAAUUAAAGCUCCCUACCAGAGCAGCAUCUUGACUUUUCCUCGUUCAUGUGGAAUGUAUUUAUUUCUAAAUAUUUCAAGAGUAAGCAAGGAAUACCAGUAAAGCCUUAAGAAUCCUGGUGUGCCAUUGCUGGUUCCAGUAUAGACUGGGCAGAGGCAGAGCAGAUUUCAAGCCACCCUUGCAACCUGCAGACCUGGUUUGAUAAAGCUCCCGGUGUGGCUUUCUUCUUGGGUGUCCUGAGAUUUUUUUUCUGCUGCAUCAAAACCUAUGAGUUUAAAAUGCUCUGUUAUACUGGUCCAGCUUUUUUGUCCAGUGUAGAAAGGUCAGAUAUGAUUUCCCUGAACCUCAGGAGUUGAGCUGGAGCAGUGUGAGUGUAAGUAUCAUACAGUUGUUAAAAGGACCCUUUUUGUUCUUAAGUAUUUUAAAAGUGGAAAGUGUAUACUUUCAUAUGUAACUGUAAAAUGCAUAAAUCCCCAUUACCAUCUCAUACUAAAGCUCUCAUAGGGAAAAUCACAUCAUAAAACAUCUUCCAGAAUCCUAUACUCCACAGUGCCUCAAGCCUCAAUAAACUGCAGGCAACGAAGUAAACUCAAGACUCUGCUGGUUUCUGCCUUGUUAAACCUAACUUUAUAACAUUCCGUUUAUUCUCUUAACUGAAAAAAAAUUGGAUAAUAUGUGAUGUGGAAAUGGAGUCUCAUCUAAAUCCUUAACGACUGUGGUUUAUUGGUUUGUAACACAUCUGCAAUUUUGCGACUAUGUGUACUAUGAAAAGCUCUGCCAAGUGUUUUUUCCUUCAGCCAGUUAGAGGUGGAAAAUUUUUUAGUUAAAACUUCUUGGUAGCUAAAAUUAAUAAAGGCACAGGGCUUCA